AUGAGGAAGUAGAAAGAAGAAUCAUGGGCAGUCUAUUUUCCUAAAAAAGUUUUGCUUCUUUGUGAAUUUUUAUGACUUUAACAUGAUUCACACAGAGGUUGUUUUAUGUUUAAACCUGUUUAUCGUGUUUCUUCAUGUUGUCGCUCCGUUCAGCAAUAAUGUACAGCAGUGGCCUGUUCCCUACAGACGCUACGAUCAUCGCCCUACUGCUGACUCUUACUGUGAAGCUCUCUACCCGUUCUGCCCCACCGGAGAUCAGGAUGGACGGAUUCCCCACAUGAGAGACACUGACGUAAUCUCAGUUUAUCGACUGCAAACACCUGUGUGGGAAUUCAAGUACGGAGAUUUGCUGGGGAAGUUUCAUAUCAUGCACGAUGCCAUUGGGUUCAGCAGUUUAGAGACGGGGGUCAACAAAAAAAACACCAUGGAGUGGUACGAGCUGUUCCAGCUGGGCAACUGCACCUUCCCUCAUCUCAGACCCGAGGUGUAUGCACCUUUCUGGUGCAACCAGGGGGCCGCCUGCUUCUUUGAAGGCAUCGAUGACCUACACUGGUCCCAAAAUGGCACCUUAGAGAAAAUAGGAGAAAUAACCGGUAGCCAGUUCAAUGGCAUGGCCCAGUGGGUCCAGGACGACAAUGAGACUGGGAUCUACUACGAGACAUGGACAGUCCGCUCUGACCCCAGCCCUAAUGCCACAGUUUGGUUCGAGUCAUACGACUGCUCCCAGUUUAUCCACCGAACAUACAGGAAGCUAACAGAGCUCGGAGCCAAACUAUCCAGCCGAUCCCAAACCAACUACACCAGAAUCUACCUGUACAGCGGAGAGCCCACUUACCUUGGCAAUGACAGCGCCAUAUUUGGACAACCGGCUCUGAAGAAUCUAGCAAUGGACAUCCGAAACUUUUACCACACAUUCAGGCCGCAUCAGUCAUUUCUAGACUUUGCCAUCAGUCUAUUGGAGGCUUAUAAAAAGGUUGUGUUGGACAAGAGCUUCUACUUGUACUACAACUUUGAGUACUGGCAUCUGCCAAUGAAAACUCCUUAUGUGCAGAUUACAUAUGAAGAGGUGCCUUUGCCCUUUGCAGUAUAAGUUAACUACAGAAUUUACCUGGUUAAAGGAUAAGGCCAGUCAUCUCCUAUAUUAACAGUAUUUUCACCGUCUCCAUACAGACACUAAAGCCAACAAUGAUUUGCUUCUGAUUAACUUCUGUCAUAACUGGAUUAGUUUACUAGUCUGUGCCAUAGACCUCCAUCGUUUGAACAACAAUGAUUGUUUUUGAACAAAACAAUCAUCAUCACCGCUGCUCAUUACGAAACACAAGACCCUAAUAUUAGUUAACAUCUAGUGACAUCGUGCACAGGCCCUGGACUCUUGUUUACUUCAGACACUAAAACAUUUAAAAAAACAAACAAAAACAGGGUCUGGUGUUUCGUAAUGAAGAAACAUGUCAGCCAGUGCAGCGGUUUUUCUUUUUGUAAAACAGUGGAGGUCUAUGGCACAGACAAAUAAGCUAUUAAUAAUUAGUAGAGACCAACUGAUAGUUUGUCUUUGUACAGGGAUGGUUGUAAAUACCGUUAAUGUAGAAAAUGAACGUCACUUUCGGCUUUUCCUGUUUUAUGGGGCGCCACAGCGAAUCAUCAC